CCCACAGAGGAACUCAUUUCUUUUCAGAAGACAGAAUGAAUAAAUCCUCCUGUACUCGCGUCAGCUUUGACUUUGAACACAGAUUCUUGCCUCCUGUCUUCAUCUUAGUCUUCAUCAUCGGUCUGCUAGCUAAUGGAUGGGGAUUGAAGUCUUUGCUGCAGAAUUGGAAGAAACUGGGUAUCGUUAAUGUGUUUGUUCUCAACCUCGGACUUGCUGAUAUUCUUUACCUGCUCACACUCCCCUUUUUGGUGGUGUACUACUUUAUGAAGAGCAAGUGGAUCUUUGGAGACACAUUCUGCAAGAUAACACGAUUCUGCUUCAACCUGAAUUUAUAUGGCAGCAUUGGGUUCCUUACAUGUAUAAGCAUGUACAGGUACCUGGUUAUUGUCCAUCCAGUGAGAGUGAUGGGAAGAAUAACUGUCACUCACUCUGUGGGGAUCUCAGUCAUGGUUUGGUUCUUGAACCUCAACCUCUGGUCCAGAGUUCUGCAAAAACAGAAGAUAUGCCCUGAAUGGUCUAAUGGAGUCUACAUUGCUCAUCAGAUAAGUCGUGGCCUUGUGUGUCUGAACAGUGCUCUCAACCCUCUGGUUUACCUCCAUGGAAAUGAAGAUAUUCCUGCUCAGCUCAGACAGCUGCUCCAGCAAGCUCGUCGGAUGUCCAGCCGGUUGUUUCUGUCAAACUCCAGCUCUGUGCCUGUGGCUCAAACUGCAGAUGAAGUUCAACAAGAGUUAGGAUUUUAACAUGAACUGUUAUAGUAAUAAAUCUAUAGCUAUCAUCACAACUAGUAAUGUGAAUUGAUUAUAGAAGUGUUGAAAUUAAUCAAAUAAUCGAUGCAUCGAAUCGUGGACAUGGACGAUGCUGAAUCGAUAAU